AUGUAUGCGGCACCCUGUAGUCCGUCUUCCUCCAUCUUUAGCGAGAUGCUCGAACUAAAUGCAACGAGAGUUAGCAGCAAAAGGGACUAUUCGGAAGAAGAACAGUUGUCAAUAGGAAGUUACGAUGCUGCGAAGAGUUCGCCCGUGUUUUUUGGCCGUCAUGGGCAUAAACUCUCCGAAUCUGUCGCUGAAAUUCGUGAAGGGGAUGAUGGUGCAUCAACGAGAUCUUCCAUGUUUCCAGAGUUUGAUCCUUCUUUUAGCCAUCCAGCGGCCUUUGGUUAUGUUUUACUGGACAGGAAACCGGUUCCACCAAAGCAAGAAUCGCCUCCUUUACCUGACCCGAGAGAGAGUAAGACAACAAAGCUAAAAUCUUUUAUAACAUAGGUGUUCGACGUCAUUAUUCAUCGCCACCAGGUACAAUAGAAGCAGGAGCCGAACAUGGACAAAUAUCCACUUAUUCGAUUCGUUUCAUUUCACAGUCCUUUACUCCUUUCUCUAUUGGCGCCUUCUAACAUUCCUAAAAUCUUGCGGUCACUGCAGAGAGGCUGUCUAAUAGCUACAAGAGGAAGAUUGUGAAAAAGCCUUAAGCGAACGGAUCUUAGAUCAAAACAAUAAUAACGGAUGAAUGUCGUGUUUAAACUUAUCGGUGCUAAAAAUAACAGAAAACAGUUUGAAUGGACCUUGUCACGGUUUUCGACGCCAUCUUGACGAGUAGGCAAACGCGUGACAAAUUACAGUGUUUGUAUGAGAAUCCAAUGUCGAAUAAUUUCCGUAAAACGGCUGUUUUGGAAAAAAAAUAUGAACUGUAAAUUAAAGCUACACAGCAAAGGAUUUUGCCUACUCGUCAAGAUGGCGUCGAAAACCAUGACAAGGUCUAUAUGGAAGCCAGUUGUUUUCCAAAUACAGAAAAUCGUACAUUCUGGUUUAACAUUCGAAUAAUACUGUGCACAGUAUUAUUCAAGGUAGACCCUUAACGUUCCUCCAAUAAUUUCUGUUCCAUUUGAUUCUGUUUACCUGACUUUUCUCUUCACUGUUUUGCUUUUAGAGUUUUUCCAGUUCUUGGAUUUUUAGGAAGUGUUUCCUAGGAAAUUUCUUUUCCAUUUACUCUGGUUUUAAAAUUUCCAGAAAUUUUACUUUUCAAGCGAAUGUUCGACCUAUAAUUUGUUUGACAGUUACUUCUAAGAAUUGCUUAUAACCUGGAUGUAAAUUAUUUUUCACCCUUUUUUCAGUCAAAACAGUGCAAUGAAUAUCCUUCUUUGAUGGUUGCAAGCUUUCCUUUUUCAGUUGCACUGAUCUUUUGUUGCUCACUUGAGCAUGACUUUUGACUCUUGUGACUUGAAAGAGAGAUGGAGCUUGCUUGCAGGCUGAUAGUACACCAAAAGUGUUUCAUGGACAUACAUGUAAUUGCUGGACAGCUUGAAAGAGUUUCCCCGGCUCGUAUAUUUUAAUAUUUUACUUAUCCUGCUUAUUUUAAUUAUUUUAAAACAGAAAUUAUAAAUUAGUGAGCAAGAAAAGCAAAAUGUAAGAUUGUGCUUUCUGCUCUGUUAACAAGUAUCAAAAGUAUAAAGAAUCUGUCAAUGUAUUUUUAUUAACAUUUUUGUUUUGUUUUCUUUUGAUAACAGGUAGCCCAAGAGAAUAUCUUGAGGCUUACCUGUUUCCAGUUCUUUUACCAGCAAUUGAGCAAAUGCUGAAGGCUGCUAAAGAAAACAAAGUCUUUGAGGUUUGUCUGUUACACUAGAAUUACAUGUACUGUUACUGUUAAGGCCGGGUCAUGUCAAAGCAGUCAGAGAGUGAAUCAUGUGACUUGUCCCAGUGUGCACUUGCACAAAGCAUAGAAGAGCCAAUAUCAGCUGAGAAUGCAGCACACAUUUAUGUGUGAACCCACAUAAAAGGGAAAUACAAUAACAGACAAAUUACCAUUUGGUUAGUUUGUAGUAAGGGAACUGGGGUGCCACAAUCUUCUGCACUCAACUAUUUUUAAUAAUUGGGGUAAAUCCAUUGAAGAAAGGAGAGUGGGCAUUAUUAUUCAAUUAGGUGGUAGGAGAUCUUUUGGCUUUUUCACCUGCUCUCACUUUGCACAGUAGAUCUAUCCAUGAUGCCCAACAGAAUUUGUGCUGAGGAUUUAAGAGCUGUGGCCCUGCAGUAGCGGUAGAGCAAAAAAAAGCUUAACUUGGUUUUACCAACUGAGUUAAAUUUAAUUAAGUGCUAGCAGAUCCCUUUGAUGUCAGAGCAAAUAGAUAGAAUGGGGAUUGAUUCACCUGAAGUUGCCACCUUAGUAGGACUCAAACUGUAUUAGAGGAGAAAUUUGGGAGCAAAGUUACCCAUUUUGAAAUGUUAACCCAACUGAUUGCAAAAUCCACUAGCCCUGGGCUAUCGGACAUGACUUUCUUUCUUUCGCUGUUAAGUCAGUAGUUUUUAACUUUUCCAAUCAAAUUGUAGAAUUGCCAGUCCACAGUGGACUGCAUUGCAUUAUUUUGAUUGAAAGAUAGUUUUACACUGAAAGCACUUAAAUAUAAUAUUUACAGUUCUGAGAGUCUUGUUUUUUUGGAAUUCUCUUUGACCUCUUCUUAGUCAUUCCAGCCAUAAGGGGCACAAUAUUAGUUUAUCUAGAUGUGCCCCUCUCCUCUCCUUCCAAUAUACACUGUAAUUCAAUUUAAGUGUUGUAAUUUCUAUUUUACGCGUUUAUUUCCUUUGUAAAUCUUUAUCUGUUACUAUAUUAUUUUUCUCAGUUAUAUUUACAUAACUAUGUAUCAGCUAGGAAUUGGAGGAAUGAAUAAAAUAAAUCAAAAAAAAAAAAUUUCAGCCAUCUGUACCUCACACUUUGUCAUUAAACGCAUAUAUACAGUGCAUCUUAAUAAUGUAUCCACCUGUUUUUCCACUAUAGAGAAGAAGAACAAAAUUCAAUGCAUGUGACUUCCUUACAGAGUACUUAUUCAGGUUUGUUAUCACUUUUAGAGUUUUUAAAUACCAUCAUUGUGAAAUCUUGUAACAGGACAAAGGAAAUUGUUUGGGUAAAAUGCAUGAUUUUAACAUGUAGAUGUUGGAAUUCUCAUUUCUCCUUCUCCUUGCAAUAUUAGAUGACACAUCAUCAAACAGCACUAAUCUAUGGAACAUAUCGGUUUACAUUAGUUAUUCUCUUCUCAGAAAUAACCCCAGAUACAAGGAUAGAACAAAUGUGGUGCUUGAAGACAUUCCUUUUGUGCAAGCAAUACUCGCAGAAAAGUAAGUUCUCUGAGGUGACUGUAAGUACUCAUGCCCAGAAAUUGUCGUAGACUUCAUUUUAAUUGAUUGGUUUAUUCAUGCUUAUUUCAAAUAAACUGGGAAAAUAUUCUAAUAUUCAAAACUCUUUUUUAUACAAUGGCCACUUUGGGGAAAGGGGUAAGUGGAUGCUAUUGCAGAGGGGUGGGAAGGGGUGGGAAAGGGUAAAAUACUAAAAGAAAAAGAUACUUAUGAUAGCUGGUAUUAAUGUGCAACACAAUCAAAAUGUGUCAGUAAAACAAACACCAAGUGGUACUAGCAAGAACAGCCUGUUCCAGGCUCCAAGAUAGUAAUAUGUGCAGAGAUCUUGAAAAGUCAGGGUGCAAAGAAAAUCCUUUUUACAGCCUGUCAUCUGGGCAAGCUGAAGCUAGCAUUUACUAGCCCAGACAUCAUUUCAACUAGCCCCAAAAACUUUUUGACUAGCAGAAUUGAUUUCAGUUCUUCUGUUAUUUGAAUUCCUCAAAAAACAUCACUUGCCUGUCGGGCAAGUUAAAAACAGAAUUCACUAGCCUGAUAGCAAAAUCCACUAGCCCUGGGCUAUCGAACACUACUUUCUUUGCAUGCUGAAAGUGGUGCAAAAAAUGCACAGAGGAGCCUUGAGGAGAGAGCCACUACCUUCUUCUCUUAGAUCAUGCGCAUGUUAUUUUUGCUUAGCUUGUUUUUGUAAUGUCCCUACCAUCUGACAGUCUGGAACAGGCUAUAACAAAAAAAAUGUCACCAAAGCAAAGUGAGUAAAGUAUAGUGUGUGCAUCAGUGUCUACAUCAUUUCCUGUUAAAUGAUCAAUUUCGAGAUGUGGCCUCUAAGGCCGAUCUGGCCCCAGUUGUUCAAAAAGUGGGUAGUGCUAUCCACAAAAUAAAUCUGAACAGAUAGUGCAAUUGGCUUUCCCUAAUACUUAUUUACUAGGUAGUGAUUUAUCUGAUGGAUGGCGCUAUCCAGCUUUUGAAUAACUGGGGCCAGGAUGGCAAGUUAAUGCCCUGUAUAAAUAGACAUCACUAAGUAUCCCUAGCCCUUAUCCUCACUUAAACGCAAAUCAUAGAAAUAUGAAAUAUUUAUGUCUGAUUGGAUAUUCCGAGUUUUCUUGCAUCUGAACAUAAGUGUACUAAGGAUAGGUUAAUAUAAGAGGAAAUGUGUGGAAAUUCUGCUGGGGAAGAACAGGCUGUUAUGGGAGGUUCGCCAUUUAGUGGAGGUUCAUAUUGUAAUUAUAAAAAAUUGUACUUACACCUGAACGAAAAAUAUCUUUGUUAAAAUUGAUCCUUAGUGUAUAUGUUUAUUUUUUCCUGUCUUAGUCCUCGUCCCCCACUGCCACUCUCAUUGUUACUCAGCGAUGAAGAAGCGGCUAUCAUCAUUCAGUCAUUUUACAGAGGCUAUCUGGUAUGUGAAUAACUAGCAGCUUAACAAAUUAAAGUUAAUUCAAGUUGGAUUUCUUUUGUCAAAGUAAAUGUCUUUUCUUCCCCCAUGGAGAAUUUUUAACUUCAUAUUUUAGUGAAAAGGUCUCUUGUUGAUUACAGAUGCAAAAACAUACUCUAGCACUAGUGACAGGUCCAGGGUGAAGUUGUAGAGGUUCAGACCUCCUAAGUACAUCCAGAUAAUUUUGGGACACUCAAAUUUAUGGCAAACAGCAAACUUUAAAUUCGGGUUACAGCAACUGAAACAUACCUAGCUCCCGGCUGGGAGGGUUAAUUACCCUGUCCCAGAUCCUGUCCCAGCAGAGUGGGCAACCUGCCCCAGUGUGUUGCCUCAACUAUCACGUUAACGUGUUUGAAAUCAAUUGAGACAUUAUCCAUAAACAGGAGGGUCACCCUGCCCUUCUACCUGAGUUACCCCAUCUCCCUGUCAGCGCCUUAAAAAUGCAUUCUAUGUACCCAAACCGGAUCAAAAUGUCGUCAUUUUGAUAACAGGUUCGCAAACAGCCUGAAGUUCAAGAAUUAAGGGAAUACCAGAGAGAAAUGAGAAAUGUAAGUGUAUCUGUUUAUAUUUUUACACGCCCUAGCCGUCGUGACAGGUGUUGGAAAGGGAGGGUGAAAGGAAAAAUCACGUCCAUCGCGUUCUUUCACGCCUGGUUUGCCGAUUCCUCCCUGGGGAUUUUUCCCUGAGUGGCCCGUCCACUUUUGAAACCUAUAAUAUAUUUUUUUUACACGAAUCGGCCUUCUAACGUGAACCCGCUGACCAAAAAAGCAUCUGUUUUAAACCUCGGUGGUUUAAGGCUCGGUCCAGGCGAAUGCGGGUACGAAAAAACUGCAGUUUCAACAACGCGGGACUCGUAUGGACUGGGUCUGACAGCCCUUUCUUCAAAAUUUGAAGGAUCGUGUCACGCGCUUCAUAAAAUUGCAGAAGUAGUACUGCGUGAAACUCGUCCACCAACACCUAGUUACUACAGCAGUUAUGAUGUAUGAUAUUCUAGAUAUGUGAGAACACGAUUGUACGCUUGCCUUUCUACAUCUUUGUACUGAUGAUUGUAAAUGAAGUGCACAUUUUACGGCAGCAGGGCCCUGUGCAUUAGAACAGCUUACCGCUAGUUGUCGGCAACAUCCACUAGCGACAUUACGCCAACUCUAAAACACUAAAAAUAUACAAGGUGAUAAUAGAAGCUAAAACUACAAAUAAAAACUAAUGUAAACUACCAGUAAAACUAAUAUAAACUACCAGUACUCUUGAUGAAUUUAGAUCACAGUUCAAACGCCUCCCAUGAGUUUUUAGUUCCCCUUCUACAUGACUUUCUUGAAAAUCAGUUUUUCUUAUUAUUUCUGUUUUUACUAUCUACUGAUUUAUUUUUUUUGUUCCCAGUCCUAAAAUAAUUACGAUUACUGCUCUAUUGAAACUGCCUGUUAUGAUUCUGGGAUUGCAGGAAGCUGUCGACAUUUUUCUUAAAGUUGAAGACUUCUGGAAGAAACACCCUGUUGAAGAAGCAGAGGAAGAAACGGAAAAGGCCAUCACUUAGCGGCCGAAAUAGUGCAAUCAGUGUCAUCUGAAUAUGGCGACAUAUUACAGCUAUUUCAACGGCUGAGUAAAUUUUUUAGAGAGAAAUUUCAAAAUCUCCAAAAAGUCUAAACAAACCGUAUUCCUUCUGACCAAAAAGUUCUUAUUUUGUAUAUGCGCUGAAUUUGGAAUAUUACAGUCUGCCUUUUUGUUCAAGCUUAAUUUUCUGUCCUAGUCUUGCAAUCAGCAGCUUCUUUCUAUUUUAGCCAAAUUUUUACCUCAAGAGAGAUUAUUCUUGUUAACCAAUU